GGAAAAGAAAACCUCCACAGACGUUCGCGGUAACGCCGGAAAAGUCCUCACAACGCACACUCUCUCGCUCGCUCACUUGGGGAGAGGAGUCUCGCGGGGCAAGAAAAUAAAAAGCGAAAAUCCAAGUCAAUGAUAGUGCCUUCUCCGUUCCCCAUCUUUCCCGCACAUUCACAUUCACCAGUCCGAGAGUGAAUCGCACAUCGUGCACGUCACCCGAUCGCCUUACCAGUUUUUACUACAAACAUCGCGUGCCACAGACAAAAUCUUCAGUCGCGAUUUAGCAUUCGAGCUGUUGAGUUUUAAUCACACAUCACCAAGAAACUUGCAUCCAGCCAUUCCCAUUGAAGAAUCCACCACAGCACCCCAGAGUUAGAGGAAAAGAUUAACUUCUGCAGCAACUAAUCAAAAGACAUCCUGGAGGAAAGGAUUCUCUGCAAUCUGCAAUCGGUUUCAAUCAGUUCAUCCCCCGCGCGCUUAAAAGUGUUAAGCCUCAAGAAUUUCUGCUGAUGCAGUUCCCGGCAUUUUUUGUUCUUUACAACAGAAUAAUUUAAAAUCUUUUUUUGCCAACACAAAUUAAUUAAACUAGUAAAUUCAAGUGAAGUGCGUGGACCACAGAUAAUUUUAGAAAAAUUCUCCGGACAGAUUCAACAUUUAAAAAAAAAAGAAAAUUUAAACGCAAAAACGCUAAACUGCCAAAUGUGCUAAGAGACAAUUGGAGGCAUCCCGAGGACCUCCGUGUGAGAACAUUUGCGUGCUAAAGUGGAAGAAAUAGCUUGAAAGGUGUCUGAUUUUCGGCAUAAACUGGACAAAGCCAUGGCUUUGUCCCUGUUCCAGGAUGCCCAGGCUGCUAGAGGUUUAGCGGCAGCUCGGGCUCUGACUGGUGAACAGCACGAUGAUGAACGUAAUCUUUCACCGCCAAUUAGCAACAACAACGCAGCCUCCAUUUAUUCAGGACUUCUACCACCAACAGAGUCUGCAAUGAGGAUUCUUGCGCCGCAUUUUCAAACGGCUGCCCUUCUGGGGAUCCCCAUUUCCAGCCUUGCUUCCUCGUCACCCUUCUUCCCGACACAUCCACUCUUAAUGGCAUGGGCGCAAUCAUCAACAGCCAACAGUUCACCGCCAACCUCACCAAUUUCCCCGGCACUCAAGAGUGUGGCGAAGAAAAUUGCCACAAAUAACAAUCACAUUGUUUCCACAACGACAGCCGAUUUGGGACGAAAGGGUGCACCGAGGCGACGGCAGAUUUCCGUGCGAAAGGAUAUAAUUUCACCGCCGGCGAGAUUUGAUACACCCGCCGCGGAUGCACCAAUUUCACCCCCAACAUCGGGUUCAUCGCCACAAUCAACGGGUUCUGCUGAACAUGCCACCAUGCUGACGUCAAGCACGAAGGAUCCCACACGUGAUAAGGUGUUCACGUGCAAAACGUGCAAACGCUCAUUUGGCUACAAGCACGUCCUGCAGAAUCACGAACGCACGCACACGGGCGAAAAGCCAUUUGAAUGCCCCGAAUGCCACAAGCGCUUCACGCGUGAUCAUCACCUAAAGACCCACAUGCGCCUGCACACGGGCGAGAAGCCGUACAAAUGCGAAGAGUGCGAUAGGCGUUUCGUGCAAGUAGCCAACCUGAGGCGUCAUCUGCGUGUGCACACGGGUGAACGACCCUACCCAUGUGAUAUGUGUGAGGCUCGCUUCUCGGAUUCCAAUCAACUCAAAGCACACCUCCUCAUCCACAAGGGUAAGAAGCCAUUUCAGUGUGAAUUGUGCCACACAAAAUUCCGCCGGCCACACCAUCUUGCGCACCACAAGUGCGGCAUCACGGGACCCCCAACGCCCGUAAUGAGCCCUGCUGCAUCCGACCACAAGUCUGCCAGCUCAGACGACAGCGUACCCCCAUUUGCAACACCCCUCGACGACGAUCCAAUGGAUUGUGAGCGACGGCACCGCAAGAGCCGCGACAUACGCCAAAUUAUUCGGCUGCCGCCGCAGUUUGUUCACCUGCAGCCCGAACAGACGGAACCUGAGGAUCUCAGCAUGCACUCCCCUCGGUCGUCGCCACCAUCACCUCCCGCCUCCCACGAUGAUGAUCUCGAUGAAUUAGACGACGCAGCGGCGCUCUACAUCAGCCGCCAACGACAUCCAGACGACUCUCUCUACUAAAUACGGGUAAACUAUGAAUGCAUGAGCUAAGCCACAAUUUAAAAUAGAAAAAAAAUAUCUAUAAUAACCAUAAA